AUGAGUUCGAUUACUCGGUACUAUGAGGCCUGCUGGGAGUCGUGGCCGGGUACUGCAAGAUGGUGUAUGAGAUUCACUUAUGCGCAAAUUUGGGGAAGCGUGUUUGGACAUCUAUUUUUCCAUGUUGGUCCGCGCCUUUUGAACCCGAACGAGGACGAGAUCGAGCUAUUCCGUACAACUAGCUAUGUUCUCAUUGCGCCCGUAGGACUUCUGGCGCUAUUUCAUAUCGUGGAGUUUUCGAAGCCUCGGCCUCGAAUGCGCGCCCUACUCAUGGCCCGCGUGUCCAUCUUCGAGUUCUGCAUCAAAAUCACGUAUUAUUCCAUGCUCUCCACCGGUACAGAGCUGGCCUGGCAAAACAUGCGUUGCUACGAUGUGCGGCCGAUCUACCUGCCGCGUUGGACGGGAUGGACGUUUGCUAUACCGACUCUUCUUACCAUGAAUUUUUAUCCCAUCUUGGAUGACCGCACCUUUGUGCAGGGGCUGCAGCGCAUCUUCCCGCAGUUAGCAUGUACUGCAGCUUACUGUUGGGCUUGCUUCGUCGGCUGUGUGAUCACGGAUCCCUGGUACGGUUGGUACUUGAACAUCCUGGCGUGCGUGGCCUACUGCGCAAUUAUAGUGGACUGCGUGGUGAUCACGGCAGAGCGUAUCGUGCACACAGACCAGCCCAUUCUCAAGGGCUACAGCAUCAUCGUCAAAGAAUGCGUGUUCAUCAUCUACACUUGCGUUUGGCUGAUGGGCAACUGGGGCUUUGCCAGCUCUUACGCCUGCCAGCGGUUUUACUGUGUCUCUCGGCUUGCAUUCGGAAGCCCUGUACCUUGA